ACAGAACUGUUUUCCUGAUUGCAACACAACCCCUUGUGAUAUUGUCACGCUGUAAAAUAGUUUUAAAAGCUAUUCGUUUAAGAGGGUUUCGCAUGGCUGCAAGCUAGCUAGCUAACGGUAGCUCAUCUGACAGUUGGUCAACAAACUUCUCUGUCACGUUAGUAACGUUAACUGUAAGCAAAAUGUCAGCGACACAAAGUCACGUUUAUGUUCUGAUAUAAUUUAAAUUAUUCAAACGCAUGUGUUCUGACGCAAUAUUGAACAUUUUAAUGUCUAUAGCUCAUUUGACUUUGAUGAGCUAACCGUAGCUGGGUUAACGUUACCGAUAACUGAGAUGGGCAGCCUCCGAUAGACCGUAAAACAGCAGCGAGGACGCAUCCUUUUAAGGCUGCUGGCGGGAGCUGUGGCGGUCUUCAGUUACCCAUUCGAUCUUCCCUUUCCUUCGACAAUGACCUGACCCAUGGAUCACAGUCUCUGCUGGAUUAGAGGGUCUCUCGUGGAUGUUAGAUCAUGAAUGACAAACUUGUCUUCCUGGGCCUGCUGUACUUUGUCCAGGGCAUCCCCUACGGUCUCCAGUCGUCCCUGCUCCCUAUCUACCUGCGUGGAGCUGGCCAUUCCCUAACGCGCAUUGGCUUCACCAAGAUCCUCUACUUUCCAUGGGUCCUCAAGGUGCUCUGGGCCCCUUUCGUGGACCGGUUUGGCACGAAGCGCCGCUGGCUGGUGGGGACGGUGUCUGGGCUGGCUCUAACGUGCCUCUCUAGUGCUGCCCUAGCUCCAGAAGCACAUAUCUGGGGAGUAGCAGGAACCCUGUUGGCCAUGAACUGCUUGGCUUCUGUCCAGGAUAUUGCUGUGGACGGCGUCGCGGUGGCGUUGUUGAAAGGUCGCGGGGAGCUGGGCCUGGGCAACACAGCCCAAGUCGUGGGCUAUAAAGCUGGAUCUGUGUUUGCCGGAGGUGGGCUGCUGGCUGUGAUUGACGUGGCUGGAUGGAGCUGGAUGUUUAUGCUGUUGACGUUCGUGUAUGCGGGCGUAGCACUGUUUGUGUUGGGGGCCCCUGUACUGGACGAUGAGACUUUGAGGGGCCAACAGGCAGAUGGCGGCCGGAGAGGUGGGCAGGGAGCAGACGGCAUGAGGCCGUGGAGAGUGUGGAGGAAGAUGCUGGCAGUGCCGGGCACCCCUUGGACAGUCCUGUAUGUGCUGACAUACAAACUAGGUGAGCAGGGUGCAGUGACCAUGUUUCCCCUUUUCCUGUUGGAUCAUCACAUGACCGCCAGGGAGCUCGGCUUCUGGAAUGGCGUCAUCGCCAUGGGUUUCUCCAUCUGCGGGUCGUCUUUGGGAGGCGUGCUGCUCGCUCAGUUCAGCAUUGGGGCUCUGAUGCGACGUGUGUUUGUGCUGCGGACCGUCAGCAUGGUCUUCCAGAGCUCUCUACUCACGGUGCUGGAACCAUCGGCACUCAUGAAAGGUAUGGCCGUCCUGAGUAUGAGCGUUCAACACUUUUUGGGAGGGCUCAUCACCACGCUCACCUUCACUACCAUGAUGCAUUGCACUCAGAGGGCGGAGGAAAGCAUUCAGGCGACCCACUACAGUUUCCUGGCGACUCUGGAGGUGCUGGGGAAGCUGACAUUCAGCGCUCUGGCUGGAGGCGUGGUGGAUUGGUUUGGCUUCCAAGUUGCCUACCUCUUCUUCCUCACCCUCUCCGCCGGGACAGCCCUGCACGUGUGGACGGCUACCUUCACCGGGGCUCUCAGGGAGCACCAGCUCAAAGAACAGCCCAAGUGAGAUCGGGGUCAGGGUGAAAGGUUGUCAUAACGAGGCGUCUGCAGGUGCUGAAAAUGUAUUGAAAUACCUUUUGUUUGACCACUAGUGUUCAGACACCUCAAAAGUUCCUCUGAUUGAUAUCAUUCUUAUGACUUCAACAAACCCUUUUAGUCAGGUAGAUAUGAAUAAGUUGACUUUGCUGUUUUGCCAUUUAUGAGGAGAAAUCAGCCAUGCAGUUAAAUACUCUUAUUACAGAGUGUGCCAUUUUUCUUUUUUUUUUCUCUUUGCACAAUUGUCAUUUUACUGGCAAAACUGGCCUUAAGUUUUCUUUUUAUUGCAUUUGAAAUGUCUGGAAAAGUCUUAAUAUUUACAGUAAUGUAAGGUGAUCUCAUAAGUAUAAUGAGUUGGCUGGGUAGAAUGGGAUCGGUGCAUCCAAUCAGUUUGAGGAAUUUCCCAGUGACAUCAAACUGUACUUGUGAGUUGACAAAUUGCAUAAGCAAAUAUUAAAAAUGAAAAGCUGUUUUUAUCAUCUGAGCCAUUUUAGUGUUUCAAUAAGCCAGCAAUAAGAGCUGCAGCCAAAAGCAAUAUUGCUACUUUAAGAUGCUCGUUCUAUUAUAUUGUAUGGUGUAUAAAUAUGUCCAGCAAUCUCCUUGUAUGGUUUAUAUUUCUAAAUGAUUGAAUCUCUACUACCUCGUAUCACCACUGUAUGGUACGACACACAGGGAGCACAUGCAAACAGUAGCUGCACCAAGUAGAGCAUACACGCAUUGUGUCAUUACACAAUGUUACCAAAGCUACAACCGUUAGAGAACGUAGGAUUGCAGGUAGUCACACUGUUUCAUUGUUUAAAUUGGUUUACAAAUGAAUAAAAAUGCAAUACAGCUGUUGAA